GGAAAACUGAUAGUUUGAUUAUUCUAUUUACAAGUUGACAAGUUGACAAGUGUUCAAGAACUUACAUAUAGACGUUUCAUUUGUAUUGAUCACUCUGCAGGAGACUUAGAAGAAGAUAUUAUAGGCAAGUACCAUACUGGAAGAAAAAGAUCAGCAAAAAUGGGACCAUCGAUAAACUUCAUGCUUACUUCCUCUUGUGAACCUCAGAAGCUUGAAGAGAACAUCACUCUCAUGGAUGCUUCGCAGUAUAAGGCAGCAGCAGAAGGCAAGAUUGAAGUAUUCAAUAACAACCAGGGGCUUCAACUUGAGUCGCUAAAGACCCCAAACCACGACAACGUUCUCCAUGUUAACUUGGCAACCCAGGAUUAUGCUGCCUGGAUUUUUAACAUAUUUCUCUUAAUAAUCAUAUACUUCCCCGUUCUCUAUGAAUCAUUCUAUCGGUCUUUGAGUGUUUUCAUUAAUAUGAAAAGAAGAGAAAAGGGAUCAGAUUUUAUCGAACAAAUCCUUGGAAAAUGUCCGUCACUGCUACUCCAAAUGAAUGCUAAAGGUCAAACUCCUUUGCACGUUGCAGCAAGGUAUGGACAUUCUGCUAUUGUGAAACUUCUAAUCAAGUCUUGUGCAAAAGCUAGAGAUGGAGAUUUAGAGCAGGGAAAUGGGUCAAAUAAGUGCAGUGAGGGAGAUGCUGAGGAUUAGGGAUGAGGAAUCCAACACGGCUUUACACGAAGCAGCAGGGUGUGGCAAUGUUGAAGUGGUGAAAGCAUUGUUGGAGUUUGAAGACCCUGAUUUUCAGUAUUCUGCAAACAAAAAACAGGAGACUCCACUUUACAUAGCAGCUAGGAGAGGAUAUGGGGGCAUGCUGAGUAUACUAUUAGAUAAAUCGAAAUCAACAGCUCAUGGCGGCCCCCACGGUAGAACAGUUUUGCAUGCAGCAGCUAUGGCUGGAGAUGCAGAGGCAAUAAGAGUAAUAUUAAAGAAGAAGGGGAAUUUGACAAAGGAAAGAGAUGAAGAUGGACACACCCCUCUUCAUUAUGCUGCACACUUAGGUUCUAGAUUAUCAGUUGUGGAGGAACUGUUAAAAGGGGAUGUAUCAGCUGCCUAUAUAGGUGAUAAAAAGAGGGGGAUGACACCCCUUCUUAUGGCAGCCAGGCAAGGUCAUGUUGGAACAGUUUCAAAGAUUCUCUCUUUAUGUCCAGAUUGUUGUGAAAAAGUGGACAACAAAGGUUUGAAUUUACUUCAUUACCUGGCUUUUAGAGGCCCUUUCUCUCCAUUAGGGCAUUCUCUUUUCAAGCGUGGUGGUAUUGAGAUUGCAUACCGAUCAUUCAGAAAUCUGAUGGAGUUGGAAGGUGCUUUUGGAAUGACACCUAAACAAGUUUAUAAUGCACUUUUCUAUCUGAGAGAUAUCAUAAUAAACAGAAGCAAAUCAAAGAAUUGUUGGAAGAGAUUGAGAAUGAUCAAGUGGCGGAGGAACCAGUUCAUCACUUUAGCUUAGGAAAUGUUUCUACAGAGAGCUUGGAGAGGACAAGAAAUUCUCAUUUAAUAGUGGCAGCACUUAUAGCUGCCAUCGCAUUUGCAGCGGUAAUAACUGUUUCUGGUGGUUCGAAGACUGAAAAAGGCACUCCCCUUUUGAUUGAUGAGGCAGCCUUUAAAGCAUUUGUUGUAACAAAUGCAAUCGCCUUUAUUCUCUCUGUUUCAGCCCUCACCACCCAUUUUGGGGUUCUGGAUAAUAUAUUAUCACAAUUUAGUUUUUGGCGUGAAGCAGUUUUACAUCGAAAUCGGUCUGUUGCUGAGAUCCUCGGCUAUGCAACGGUUGCGAUGUUGAUUGCUUUCAGCACAGGCAGUUAUGUGGUCUUACAACCUUCCUACGGGCUUGCAAUUGUUUCAUAUCUCAUUCCACCUGCUUUUUUCUCUGUAUGUGGAUAAUUUGUGUAAAGUGAAAUCUAUUAAAUAUCAAACAAUAUAAUGUAGGUUGUAAUCACUGAAUUUUGUCCCAGAAAUUUCGUAUUUUAAAUUUUUUUUACAUUUUGACCUCUAAACUUUUUUAAAAUUAUAUUUUGACCUCUAAAAUUUUUCAAAAUUACAUUUUAACCCCUAAACUUUUUUAAAUUACAUUUUGACCCUUAAAGUUUCUCAAAAUUACAUUUUGACCUUAAAAUUGUCUCAAAAUUAUGUUUCGACACCAGAAGUUUUACUAAAAUUGCAGUUUAGUCCAUCUGCUAGCAACUUGCACACCUACCCCCUUGAUUUCCGGCCACCGGCCUAAGGCAUGGCCUCCCUCUCCCCUAGCCACCUAAUCUCUGCAAAAAAGAAGAGAAAAACAUCUAUAAAAGGGGCUUAAAACCCCAAAAGACCCCCCACGAAAAAAAAAGAGAAGAAAGUUUCGAAAAAAAGGAAAUAGGAGAGAAAAGAGAAAGGAGAGGAAGAAAGGAAGAAGAGAAAAGAGGGGAAGGCAGUCACGACGGCGUGAAGCAGCAGCGGAGGCAACGACGGCGGCGGGCUAGAGUUUCCAAGAAAAAGAAAAAGAAGAAAAAAAAAGAAAAAAGAGAAAAAAGAUUAAAAUUUUUUUAAACAGUCAGGUCAACCCGACCCGACCUUUCCGACCAGUGACUCGGAUCCGUCCCGGCCCACAACAGCCUAAGCCCAGUAGCCCAGGCCCCCCAGAAAAACAAAACAGCAAAAAAAGAAGAAGAAAAAAAACAAAGCAGAAAAAUAGAAGCAGGCCCAACAGCAAGUGCAGGCCCAUUUCAGCAGCAGGCUCCAGGCCCAGCACAGCAGCAGGCCAACCCAGCAGGCCCACAACGCCAGGCCCAGUUCACCAGCAGCAGGCCCAAAGGCAGCAGGCCAAAAAAAGAAGAGAAAAAAGAGAGAGAAAAAAAAAAGAAAAAAAGAAAAAGCCCGAGUCGUGUAAACCCGUUCAAUCAAGCUCGUAUUUUCGGGCUCUUCGGUAAUUUCUUUUUUAAGUACUUUUAAUUUAAUUUACAUAUUUUUAUGACAUUUCA